GUGGCUCUGUAGAAAUGUUAACAAAUACAAUCUGAACAGUCUUCGGUUUGCUUCAAUGUUUUUACCGCGAGUUUUCUUUUGCAGCCUGCGGUCAACUCAGAGUACACAACAAACAUUGGAGAAUUAACCUGUGUUUUUUCCACUUUCACGCCUAUAUUUCACGAGCUUUAACUCCAAGUAGUCUUCGCUACAAGUUGUGGUUGUUGACAAGUUUGUUCGCAAUAUAAUGUCUGUCAACACGGACGAGACGCAGCAGAGGUUAAAGGCCGCCGUGCAUUUUACAGUGGGUCGGCUGUGUCAGAGAACCGGAGAGGACAACCGGAGAGAGUUCAGUCGUCAGGUCAUAGCAGCGAUAACAGAGACAGCUUUCAGACAAUGUGAUAUAUUUGCCAAAGACCUGGAGGCUUUUGCGAGGCAUGCUAAAAGAAGCACAGUGUCUGCAGAAGAUGUGAAGCUUGUAGCCCGGCGCAACAAGACACUAUCCAUCUACAUACAAAAUAAAAGUGAAGAACUGAACCAGGAGCAGAGGGAUUUGAAAAAGAAGAAUACCGGGAAGAGGAAGAGCAGAGACACUGAGGAGGAAGGCAGAGAAUGACAAGACACAGGCAGGCCAGCAGUGUCUCACUGAAGCCCAACAUUCAAAUCAACAUCAAGGCAGACCAAUACAUAACAUUGAGUUUAACAAAGUACGAUCGCUAAUUUAUGGGAAGCAUGCAUUGAAACUUUAAUAAAAUUCACAGCGUGUCUUAUUUCAUAUCA